AAUUAUGCCAAAUGCCAUACAGUCACUCAAAUAUUGCUUAGGAAGAAUUUAUGAUGUCAGGAAAAUGCUUGUGUUUGUAAUGUGAAAUGAAAGAAGUAAAGAUAAAGCUUUGUUUGUGGGUGAGAUUUCCACUGUAUAAAGAAUGGAGAAUGCAGAUGGAGUGCUGUUUGUUACUGCUUCCUGAUUUCUUGUCAUGCACUUUGUAUUGAGAAGUAGUGUAAGUAUUGGCCUGAGAAGCAGAAUAAUUACUGCCAUCAGUGUGCUGAGUUGUGAUUCAUUGUUUUUCAUCAUCUAGACUUGCACAGCUCUGAUUAACUAAGCCUUAAACCUUACAUUAUCAAUGUAUCAGAUUUUUCACUUGAAAGAAGAACCAGUGUAAGUAUUUUUGCUGUCACCAUUUACCUGUAGCACUUCUCGUUUAAUAAUUAUACUUGUUGAAUUAGUGGAUAUUGGUGACUAAUGUAACAACUGAUUUCUUUUCAGGUCUUCAAGCCAAUUGUUGAAAAAUUUGGUUUCAGAUUUAAUUGUGAUAUUAAAAUGAGGGGCUAUUACCCGAAAGGGGGUGGUGAAGUGAUCAUCCAGAUGUCACCUGUUAAGCAGUUGAACCCAAUAAAUUUAACCGAUCGUGGCUCUGUGACUAAGAUACAUGGAAGAGCUUUUGUUGCUGGUGUUUUGCCAUUUAAAGUAGCCAAAGAUAUGGCGGCAGCAGCUGUGAGAUGCAUCAGAAAGGAGGUCAGGGAUCUGUAUGUUAACAUCCAGCCUGUUCAGGAGCCCAAAGACCAAGCAUUUGGCAAUGGAAAUGGAAUAAUCAUUAUUGCUGAGACAUCCACUGGCUGUUUGUUUGCUGGAUCAUCACUUGGCAAACGAGGUGUGAGUGCGGACAAGGUGGGAAUUGAAGCUGCUGAAAUGCUGUUAGCAAACCUUAGACAUGGUGGCACUGUGGAUGAGUACCUACAAGACCAGCUAAUUAUUUUCAUGGCUUUAGCUAAUGGAGUUUCCAGAAUAAAAACAGGACCAGUUACACUCCAUACACAAACUGCUAUUCAUUUUGCUGAACAACUUGCAAAGGCUAAAUUUACUGUGACAAAAUCAGAAGAUGAAGAAGAUGCCUUGAAAGACACUUACAUUAUUGAGUGUGAAGGAAUUGGGAUGAAAAAUCCAAAUUUAUAGGGUAUUUACCUCUUAGAUGAGACCUCGAUUAUAUAUUGCAUUAUUUAUUUCAUACGUGAAGUAUGCUACAACACAGCGAGUUACAAGUGACUUGUUAAAGGACCUGAUUGAAUUUGGAGAUUAAAUGGUGUUUGCUGAGAGUGCUUCAUCAAAAUCUUACUUCAUUAUCUCCUGAGAUAUAGUGUAUAAAAGUUGAUGGAUAUGUAUAAUAGCUGAUUUCAAUAUUAAGGUAUUGAAAUAAAAUUUUCUUUGUACCCGAAGUAAAUGUUUUGUUUUUGGAGGUACUGGAGUUUGUGCUCAGGUCUCAUCAUUGGUAGGCAAGUGCUCUACCACUUGAGCCACACCCUCAACCCACAGUUUCACUUUCAGAUGUUUCAGUUCAGGAGUCAAGCAUGGUCUGAAAACACUAAAUGGAGUCUGAGACAAGUAAUUCACAGGUUGUAAGUAGCACUCAAUUCUGAACGUAAUGAAGCCUCAUACCGUCUGAUCUGCCCCAACCGGUUGUCCAGAGUGUCCACAUUGUGUAUGCCGCCUGCCUGCUGGUCACUCAGUAGCUGCCUUGGCUGUCACA